AUGGAUCCUAUCCUAAAAUUCAAUAUCAGAUCUCUUCUAGAUCAAGUAGCCGCUUUGUCCGCUGGAAUUAUUGCCUACCCUGAAGGCGACCGAACUCAUCCGGUAAAGCUCAGCUAUGCCAAGCUGCGCAAUCAGGCAUUACAGAGAGCAUCCUGGCUACGAAGACGUGCAGAAUUUCGCCCCGGGGGUGUCAUCCUUGUCCAUUUCCAGCGUCAUUUGGAUAAUAUCACAUGGUUCUGGGCAACCAUCCUAGCUGGCAGUGUGCCAGCCCUAUCUCCUCCUUUGGUUAGCACGAGCGAGGGCCGUAAAGCCCAUUUCAAACAUUUACACAAUAUGUUGCAAGAUCCUUUGCUGCUCAGUCGUCGGGAUUUACUUACAGACUCGUUUGGGGAGAACGAAAUUCUACGUACUGUAGCAGUGGAGGAAUUUGAAGAUUCUGGCCUCAAAGACACGGAAUCGGACAGUGCUACCUACAGCCAGAUCAAUGGAGAUGGUAAGGGUCAUGCCAACGACAGCGAUGUUGCUGUCCUCAUGCUCACUUCUGGGAGCUCUGGCAAUUGCAAGGCCGUGUGCCUGACGCACCAGCAAAUGUUUGCCUCGAUUCGUGGAAAAUUGGCGGUGAUGCCAGUUAGCGAUGGCAGUUCCGUGCUCAAUUGGAUUGGUCUAGAUCACGUUGCCAGCCUGAUGGAAACGCAUCUUCUUUCUAUGUACGCGGGAGUCGACCAGAUUCAUAUCCAGGCACCCGAGGUUCUCAGCAAUCCACUGCUAUUCCUGCGGUUGCUAUCCAAGCACAAAGUUUGCAUGACCUUCGCGCCGGACUUUUUCCUGCGCAAGCUUCUAGUGAUGUUGGAUACGACAUCCAAAGAGGCUAAGCAAGAAUUCAAUCUCGGCAAACUACUCUAUUUGGUUUCGGGUGGAGAGCCUAACAAUGUCGAUACUGGUUCGCGAGUUACAAGGCAUUUACAAAGCCUGGGAGCUUCACCAUCAAACCUCAUCACUCCGGGUUUUGGCAUGACUGAAAUUUGUGCGGGAGCCAUUUACAAUCGCAAUUUCCCUGAUAUCGAUAUCAAGGCGCAACGCGAAGCUGGUGCCCUUGGCUCCAGCAUUCCAGGCAUCGAGAUACGGAUAGCGCCGAUUGACGCAAACGAGCCCAGCCCUGGACCCCAGUCCAAUGGCGUGAACAGUGGCGCAGCCAAUGACGCCGGUAUACUGGAAGUACGUGGACCUGUCGUGUUCUCAAGAUACUUCAACAAUGACGAGGCUACCAAGGCCGCCUUCACGGAGGAUGGAUGGUUUCGGACAGGAGAUCUUGGUACAAUUGAUGCAGAGGGCCAGCUAAAGCUGGCAGGUCGACUCAAAGAGCUGAUCAACAUUAAUUCUGUCAAAUUUCUACCAUAUGAGAUUGAAGGUGCUAUUGAACAAGCACGUAUUCCAGGAGUGGCCCCUUCGUUUGUUGUGUGUUUCUCCCACAAGAAAUCUAACACCAGCCCCGAGGAAAUUUAUGUCGUAUAUCAACACGAUUUCGCAAGUGAUGAUAUUGAGGCCCGUAUGUCGACGCUGCACACGCUGAUGCGCACUGUUAUUCUGUUUACAUCCGCACGGCCACGAGUUCUGCCCUUGCCACCUGGUCGCCUGGAAAAGACAACCCUAGGAAAGCUAUCGCGGCCGAAAAUUCAAAAUGCGUUGGCAGAAGGGAAAUACAAGGACCAGGAAAUCUUGAACGAUCGGGUACUACAAGCAUAUCGAGAGUCGCACUUCUCCGGGCCUAGCAAUGAUAUUGAGCAUAAACUUGUCGCGGUUUUCAAGGAGACGCUCGGACUCGACAAGGACGUUGAUAUUGAUAUGCCGAUUCUAGACACUGGAAUCACUUCAGUGGAUUUGAUUCGAUUGAAGAGAGCUGUUGAGGUGGAUUUCGGGAUUGAAGAUAUUCCCAUGAUCACCAUCAUGACCAACACAACCAUUCGAUCCCUAGCAGCGGCUGUCCAGAAGCUGAAGGCCUCAGAUCUCACUAGUGUGUAUCAGCCAGUUGUCACACUACAACCACACGGAUCCAAGACGCCUUUGUGGCUGUUCCAUCCGGGAGUCGGCGAGAUUCUAGUCUUCCUCGCGUUAGCUCAGCAUUUCCCGGACCGGCCCAUCUAUGCAAUGCGACCACGCGGCUUCAACCCGGGCGAGGAAACCUUCCAGGAUCUAGAUGACCUCCAUGCCACAUACUACGAUGCCCUGAAGCAAAAACAGCCUAGUGGGCCCUACGCCUUAGCAGGAUAUUCAUAUGGUGGCAUGGUCGCCUUUGAACUCGCAAAGAAGAUUGAAGCAGCUGGUGAUGAAGUAAAGUUCAUAGGUAGCUUCGACCUACCACCAUACAUCAAGCAUGUCAUGAGGCGACUAGACUGGACAGGGUGUCUUUUACACGUUGCAUUUUUCUGUGACCUCUUUUCAGAAGACCGUGCUGAUGAAUUGGCACCUGAGAUAUGCCCCUUGCCUAAGUCAGAGCAGCUGGCACGAGUGAUGGCCGAAGCGAACCCAGUCCGUAGGGCUGAGUUGGGAAUAACACUUGUAUCGCUGGAUACCUGGACUGAAGUGACUUUCUCCCUUGCAAAUAUCGGCCGUAACUACGAUCCAUCCGGUACAGUCUCUUGUAUGGAUGUUUUCUUCUGUGAUCCGUUACGAGGCGUGGCAGCAUCGAGGGAAGAGUAUCGCUACACACAGCUGAACCGUUGGGAGGAGUUUGUGAGCAAUGAUCUCAAGUUCCAUGAGGUGGAUGGCCAGCAUUAUACGAUGAUCUCCCCAGAACGUGUACCAAAGUUUCAACAGAGGUUGAAAAACGUGCUUUCUGCGAGGGGCCUCUAA